UGUCGGUGACAUUGAAUGGGGAGACCGAGCGCGAGCGAGGCGCGCGCGCGCACACACACAGCCCCGCUCGCGCAGAGAUCCCCGGCCACAGCUCUAGCGAUCUUGGAAAAGCCUCAGACGCCAUCUACAGUUAAAACGUCUACCCCCAUCACAAUAGCAAGAUAUGGGAGAUCGCGGAACAAAACCCAGGAUUUCGAGGAGUUGUCGUCUAUAAGGUCCGCCGAACCCAGCCAGAGUUUCAGCCCGAACCUCGGCUCCCCGAGCCCGCCUGAGACUCCGAACUUGUCGCAUUGCGUUUCUUGCAUUGGGAAAUACUUAUUGUUGGAACCCCUGGAGGGAGACCACGUUUUUCGGGCCGUGCAUCUGCACAGUGGAGAGGAGCUGGUGUGCAAGGUGUUUGAUAUCAGCUGCUACCAGGAGUCCCUGGCCCCCUGCUUUUGCCUGUCUGCCCACAGCAACAUCAACCAAAUCACCGAAAUUAUCCUGGGGGAGACCAAAGCCUAUGUGUUCUUUGAGCGGAGCUAUGGGGACAUGCAUUCCUUCGUCCGCACCUGCAAGAAGCUGAGGGAGGAGGAGGCGGCCAGGCUCUUCUACCAGAUCGCCUCAGCCGUGGCCCACUGCCACGACGGGGGGCUGGUGCUCCGGGACCUCAAGCUGCGGAAAUUCAUCUUUAAGGACGAAGAAAGGACUCGGGUCAAGCUGGAAAGCCUGGAAGAUGCCUAUAUUCUGCGGGGAGAUGACGAUUCGCUCUCCGACAAGCACGGCUGCCCGGCGUAUGUCAGCCCGGAGAUCUUGAACACCAAUGGCAGCUACUCGGGCAAAGCAGCUGACGUGUGGAGCCUGGGAGUGAUGCUCUACACCAUGCUGGUUGGGCGGUACCCUUUCCAUGACAUUGAGCCCAGUUCCCUCUUCAGCAAGAUCCGGCGUGGCCAGUUCAACAUUCCAGAGACUCUGUCGCCCAAGGCCAAGUGCCUCAUCCGGAGCAUCCUGCGGCGGGAGCCCUCGGAGCGGCUGACCUCCCAGGAGAUUCUGGACCAUCCUUGGUUUUCUACAGAUUUUAGCGUCUCGAAUUCAGGAUAUGGUGCUAAGGAAGUGUCUGAUCAGCUGGUGCCGGAUGUCAACAUGGAGGAGACCUUGGACCCUUUCUUUAACUGAGCUCAUGCCCCACGGGGACUUAGCAGGUACCAGAAGCGAGAGAGAGGGCAGCGGAGAGGAGUUCUUCCAUGGAACACGUAUCGCCUGGCUUGGUAGCAAGAGGGACACGGACAUUCACAGGCUUCUUGGUUCAAAGAAGGAAAACCGUCAAGGAGCUGACUGAACAUGUAGCAUGGGGGCCAGAGACGCAGGAUGGAGGCGGGCUCCAGGGUCCUGUCGGGUGGGCAGGAGCCCCCUGGAGCUUCUCUCGCCCGACGGAGCCCCCCGGGAGACCACCCCUGUCAGCUGGGCUGCUUCCGCCUAUCCCCCUUUCCAUUUUGUUCCAAAUAGUUGCAAAUCUUGAUAGAAUCAAAACUCUGCCUCAAACACACAUCUUGGCAUCGCACUGUUAGCAUUUAACUUCUUGUCAUGAUUCAGGGAAGGUACCAUUGGCCAAGGGUUUUUUGUUUUUAAUUUUCUUUUUAAACAAGCCAGCCACCUAUCUGAUAAUUCACGGGGUUCAUUAAAAAAAAAAAAAUUCGGUGCACAACAGACUGAUGUGAAACCUGGGUGCUAAAACUAAAAGAAAAUAAAAGUCCAGUUUGUGUCUCCUAAUUGCGCUCUUCAACUCAUUUCUUCUAAAUAAACUAUUGAAUAUUCUGGUCAGGAAAUGACACGUUUAGUGCUUUGCUCCCUGAAGUGGGGGGAAAAAAAUACAAACCUGUCCUUUAACCCAGUAUUCUGUUUUCUGUCAAUUGGUUUGUGGCAGGAAGCUCUUAGAAGUCAAACUUCCAGAUGCAUCAUUGCUAUCAUAGUUUAAAGAAAGAAAAAUGAAAGGAAAAGAGAAAUUCAACUCUUUAAUUUUAUUAUUUUUUUUUUAAUUUUUUUUUUUUUUUGCUGGUGAAUGACGAGGGCUGCAUCACAGGCAUGCCUGUUUGCUGAGAUGUUAGUGAUGGAGUGAGAUUCCAGAUGCUGUUGGAGUCUGACGCUCUUGUAACACUCUGAUCUCAACUAAACAUUUUGUCUUUGCUUUAUUGGCAACUCAUGAAAUGAAGCAGGUUGUCCCACAUGUAUGAAAUACAGGGCAGCUAUUGCAUUAUCUUUAUGGAAUAUGAUCCUUGUAGCUUGGGAGGCCCUCUGGUUUGGACAAAAACCCUCAGUUGAGACAAGCAGGAAGGAAAAUAAGCUGAAAGCUAGGAUGAUAUUAAAAAAAAAAACAACAAAAAAAAACAGCUCUCUAUCCCCAUAUGCACCUUUGUAUUUUUCAAGAACUCUUCUAUUUAUUAAGGAAAAUGUCACAUUGUGAUGUAUUAAGCCAGUACUUCAAUUACGGGUUAACUUGGGUAACAUGUUACAUGCUGUAGUUAACAUUUAUAUAUAUAUUUUUUUCUUUGUUUGAGUAUUUCUGUCCCUGAAAUAACCUUUUAUUUGGCUUUUCUAGAUAGCUUUAUUUGAUUUCAAGUGGCAAAUGUUUUUCUUUUCUUUUCUUUUUUUGUUCUGUUAUGGCUUUUCUAUAUUGCUGUAUGAUACAAAACUCUUUUGGCAUCAAUAUUUGUGUUUCCAGUACCUCAGUUGUUCGGAUUUUACUGCCUGUAUAUGUUUUGUGAAAUGGUCAUGUUUUUGGGUAGGUGACACGUGGACUCUAGUAUGUAAAUGUUACUUGAAUCUGUGCUUCAUUAUAGUAUGUGGCAUGUAUGUGCAGACCUUGGAUGCUCUAUUCCUACUUAGCAGGAGCCCGGCCUCAUUCCCAGGAGGGCGGCUUAACCAUUCAUCGUCAGGAGACAAGGAGGCCAUGGAUUUGCUCUGGAUUCUAUUUUGGUAACAGGAGAUAAAAAAGGAGAGAGGGUUUUUUACAUUCUGAAGAUGGGGCUGAGUUAAGAAGGACCUGUUUUUCUUCCCUCUCCCUUAUUUUUUAAGUACCUUGUUGGAGGAAAGAUUGGUGACAUGCAUGGUGGGAAUCUAUGGCCUCUGGUGCUUUGUCCUGUAUUCGGUUUAAUGUUUUUGUCCUAAUCUCUUCAAUCAAUAAAAUUGUGCGUAUUUAACUAAA